UGAAAACAUCAGAAUUCUAUCGGCAGCUGAGGCAUGAGGUGGAGCUAUCUCUAAACUACUUCCAUAACGUCAGCGAGCAGCCUCUGAUGGAAAUGAAAUCAAACCUUAUCCGUUCAGCAAAACCCCAGACUGCAGUAUUCCGGGGAAUGAUUGGGCACAGCAAGGUUAAUAGCAAGAUCCUUCUUCUUCAUAAGCCUCGUGUGUGGUGGGAGCUGGAAGGUCCCCUGGUUCCUCUCCGUCCCGAUUGCCUUGCCAUCGUUAACAAUUUUGUCUUCUUGUUGGGGGGAGAGGAACUUGGGCCUGACGGUGAAUUUCAUGCAUCUUCUAAAGUAUUCCGAUAUGAUCCACGUCAAAACAGCUGGCUGCAAAUGGCAGACAUGUCUGUGCCACGGUCAGAAUUUUCUGUCGGAGUCAUUGGUAGAUAUGUUUAUGCUGUGGCUGGAAGGACGCGGGAUGAAACCUUUUACUCCACAGAGCGAUAUGAUAUGAUAGAAAAUAAAUGGGAGUUUGUCGACCCUGUCAACAAAUACGGCCAUGAAGGGACUGUUCUUAAUAAUAAAUUGUUCAUCACAGGGGGCAUUACCUCCUCUUCAACUUCCAAACAGGUGUGUGUGUUUGACCCAAGCAAAGAGGGGACUGUGGAACAAAGAACCAGAAGAACACAGGUUCUAACAAACUGCUGGGAAAAUAAGUGCAAAAUGAAUUACGGUAGAUGUUUCCGCAAGAUGAUUUCUUACAAUGGAAAACUCUAUGUCUUUGGUGGCGUCUGCGUUAUUUUAAGGGCUUCGUUUGAAUCGCAGGGCUGCCCCUCUACAGAAGUUUAUGAUCCUGAUAUGGAUCAGUGGACUAUUUUGGCGUCCAUGCCAAUAGGUAGGAGUGGUCAUGGAGUAGCCGUGCUAGACAAUCAAAUCAUAGUGCUCGGUGGCCUGUGUUACAAUGGCCAUUAUAGUGAUUCCAUCUUAACCUUUGAUCCAGAGGAGAAUAAAUGGAAAGAGGAUGAGUAUCCCAGAAUGCCUUGCAAGCUGGAUGGUUUACAAGUAUGCAGCCUGCGUUUUCCAGAAUACGUUUUAGAGCAUGUGAAACGUUGCACAUAA